AUACUCUUUGUUUCUUUUGAGACAUAACAGCUCACAUAACAGAUAUGAUUGUCAUUAUUAUAUUAUAAUUCUCUUUGAUUGUCAUUGUCAAAAUUAAAUACUAAUGUUGAUAAAUUUUUUACUAUAGACAUAUUCAAAGAAGUUUUGUUCCAUUCUAAGCUGUAGGUAUUUACAAUGACUUCGCGCAAGAUAGAAGAUCUUCACGAAGUACUUCUGCAGAAGUUGCUGUCGGAGUCGGGGUUGGAGUGUUUGAAGUCCGCUCCGGAGUCGCUUGAGUCCUCUACAACAUCAGGGGAGAGCGAGGAACAAGUGCCAUGCGAAGAAGAAGAAAAACCCGUUCCAGAAAUUAUAAUCGAAGAAGAAGAAAAACCGGAGAAGACAGAAGCAAUACCAGAGGAACAGCCAGACGUGUUCCCAACGCCUUCGCUCAGAAAGCUAUUGCCUGACAAAAUACGCAAAAUAGAGGAGCAGAAUCGGAUCCACGUGUUACCAGAUGAGUUCAAGACUGAUAUAGACCCUACGGCUAUACCUAGGAUAGCUUUCACAGCCCAGCAGAAGUAUAUAGAUGCCCUAGCGUCGAUUGUCGGAUGUACUAAAUAUAAAAGCAGUUUGGCGGAGUUCUGGUUUCUGGACACUUUGGCGAAUUUGCUGCGAAGAGCUCAGGAGGACGAUAUGGAUCGACCCACUCAAGCAGUGUUGAUACUGUGGUUUUGCGAAUGGAUGAAAGAGAUGCAGCACUUCGACGCGGCUGAUAGGAAACGAAUGUUGAAGAGGUUUCAAGACAACAUGCUGUCAGCUGCAAUAUUCGUCGCGGAGAACGACCGUCUACCAAGCCCGGAUGAAGCGGGGGUGUACUACAAAACCCAGGAGACUGAUGACCAAGGAUCCCGACCUGCUACGACGGAAUCCAAACACGUGGUCACCUUCGAAGGCGCCGCGUAUGAAUGCUGCCUUCGGGAUUUGACCAGGAUCAUACAUUACAUUUUUGACCUAUUCAGCACCGACUACCAAUAUAACUUGGUACGUUCAGUAUUCACCUUUACUCCAGAAUAUACGCUGAUAGAUGCUCCCUAUCAGAUACAGAAUCCUAAGAGGCUGUAUGCACCUCUUAAAGCAAAACCUAAGAAAGAGAAGUCCCCGAAGAAAGAAUCAAAGCCGCCAGUCAAAGGGAAGAAGAAAGAAGCGGAUACAGAAGAGUAUUUGGCUUUGAUGGAGUUAAAAGCGAAAGAAGAACGCGAGUUAGAAGAAUUAGAAGAAAAAGAACGGGAAGAAUGGAACCGUCGCAAUCAGAUCCUGCCCUUGGUGUUUGCGGCUGAUGACGCGUUCUUCGAUAAGUACUGGCCUCCGCCGCCGCCCGAGCCCGAGCCGGAGCCCGAACCGGACACCAAGGGCAAGGGCAAAGGCAAGAAGAAGUAGGGCAAAGGCAAAUAAAGUAUAUUAGUGUAUUAAUUGUAAA